AUGUCCCUCCGCCGGCACCUGCAGCAGCACUGGAUGGUCGUCGCCAUGGUCGCCGCCGCCCUCGUCGCGCAGCGCGCGCCCGCGGCCGGCGCGGCGCUCUACCACCGCUACUCGAAGGGCCUCAUCGCGUGCAUCUUCCUGCUCCUGGGCCUGUCGCUGCCGCGGGACGCGAUGCGCAAGGCCGUGAAGCGGAUCGGCGUCCACGCGCGGUGCCAGGCUCUCUCGCUGGUCGCGGUGCCGGGCGCCUACUACGCCGUCGUGCACCGCCGCGGCCUCGACGCCGCCGUCCUCGGGCCCGCCGUCGCGCGGGGGCUCAUG